AUGACUAUUUUCCGAUGGUCGUCGCUCAAGGAUCUGUGUGCUCUGGAGCAUCUCACUAUAAUACAUGUAAAUCUUACAGGGCUUCCAGACCAACGUACAUAUGAGGGUCAUCCAAAAUCCCUCAUUGACCAUUUUCCUGCCUCACUCAAGACACUCAAGAUCACCGACAUUGGAUUCCAUUACAUCACUGCAUUACUCCUAGAUGUUGUGGGAUUACUCAAAGAGCGCACUUCCAUGCCCUCUCUGGUGAGUGUUUCUCUUGAAGCGUUCACAAGAGAAGACUCGAGACUUACCUUCUGCGAUAACAUUAUUUUUUGGUUUCGGUCGCAUAACGACCCCAGGAUAAAGGGGCAGGUUCGCCUUGAUAUCGGACAGAAUUCUGGGCUACUUAUACAGCAUGAUGCGCUGAAACCAUAUAGUGAGAGCUAUACCUUUCGUUUCUUUAAAGGAGCAGACCACCUUGAUGCAGCUUCAUUUGCGAGGCUGGCAUCCUCAGUAAAUGACGAGGUCUCUGUGACUAUUAACAUACAGCCGGCCCCUUCCUAUAUAGAAGAGAAGAAAUAG